GACUUUUGGUUUGUUUUAUUCUUUCCUUUGUUCCAUAAUAGAUUUGUAGAAGCCUAUAAACAUCAAUUUCACUAAUAUAAAGAGUAUAAAUUUCAAAAAGCAGGAUCUGGAGAGAAAUAAGCUUAGUUUUUAAACUCAAUAUCAUGCAAAAUAGUAGGGUAAGGAAUAUAAUGUUCAUAGCAUUAACACUAAAUUAUGAAUUUUGUGACACCGUGCAUGGCUGGAGGAUCCUGUGGGUUAUAUCAGCUGUCAGCUUGCAUCUAAUAUCUCUGACAGCCAAUAUCACAAGAAAAUCAUAAUUUACAUGGUAUGUCCUGUUUUUGAAGAUAAAACAUUACUUCCUGGGGGUUGCCAUUAUUUCAUGGCAGUUUAGUCUCAGGAAAUUUCUUCAGUGGUUCUUCCUAGAGUUGAUGUGGCAGAUGGUGUCCAGAAUAGCAGCCUUCUCGUAAAUUCAGAUGCAGGUUUCCUGUGGCUGUUUCUUGAAGGAUUCCUUUAUAUUGCUAUGGAAUGACUAAGCAAACUCAGUAAACACAGAGACCAACACAAGUUAAUUUCAGCCUUGUGGCAGUCUGGAUUUGACUUGGAAUAAAACCUAGAUAUCCUAGGAAUAUGGCAGGAUUCCAUGACUUUCAAAUGGUUCUCAAUGAACAGAUAGCUGAACUGAUGUUUGAAUAUAGAUUUGGAGACAGGGAGUUGAAAGUGAUAUUGUCUGGACAGGACUUGGAUUGGAGUUUACAGAUUUCCUUUAGACUUUCACCUCGUAGAAAACGCUGAGUCCUUAUUGUAUAGUAAAUAAUUGAAUUUAUGCAAAGGGAGUUUUGGCCUUUGUGUUCAAGCUAAUGGAGGGUGAGCUCUGGGCUUCUGGAAUGUCUUGCUAAUGGCAGUGUCUUUGUUUGCUUGGGUCCUUUGGCCAUUGGACAGCCUAAAAAUAUGAUCUAUGAUAGAUCUGUGAUCUAUGAUAGGUUGGAAACCUCCAGAAGAACAAGAGGCUAAAGUUAAAACCUGACUUCUGGGAGGCUGUGGACCUAAGAUCAGCCACAUAGGUCAUCUGUGAUUGUGUCCCAGUAAAAUAAGAAAGUACACAUAUCAAAAAAAAAGUUUCAGCCAGGCUCGGUGGCUCAUGGCUGUAAUCCAGCACUUUGGGAGGCCGAGGCGGGUGGAUCACGAGGUCUGGAGAUCGACACCAUCCUGGCUACCACAGUGAAACCCCAUCUCUACUAAAAAUACAAAAAAUUGGUCGGGCGUGGUGGCGGGCACCUGUAGUCCCAGCUACUCGGGAGGCUGAGACAGGAGAGUGGCGUGAACCCGGGAGGUGGAGCUUGCAGUGAGCCAAAAUCAUGCCACUGCACUCCAGCCUGGGUGACAGAGUGAAACUCCAUCUCAAAAAAAAAAAAAAAAAAAAAAGUUUCUGGCUGAGUGCAGUGGCUUAUGCCUACUUUGGGAGGCUUAGGCAGGAGGAUUCCUUGAGCCCAGGAGUUUGAGACCAGCCUGGGCAACCUAGUGAGACCUCGUCUGUAUUUAAUAAAAUUGAAGAAAAGAAAGAAAGAAAAAGUUUUCUUUUCAUAUAUUUUCUUCCUAAUCCCCUUCUGUAAAUGGUUGGUAAUAUUUACUUCCUGUCACUGUAUCUGUUUGUGGAUCUAUGUCUAUAUAUGUAUUAAUAAAAGCAUGAGUAUAUAUGAAUCUAUCUGUAGACAUAUACAUCCAUUAUGAUAUACAUAUAUAUAUAUUUUACAUGAUAGAAUCAUAUUUCAAAGAACAUAGCAGUCAAUUUGAAGGGACUCUUCAUUGGCCUAAGAUGCUACACUUUGAGCAUCCAAAGACCAAUGAUUACAAAUGAUUGAAGAACAUUAAUUAUACAAAAUUCCAUCAGUUUAUAGCCAUAUUUGAAAAAAAUGCAUUUUUCACCAUUGGGGGUUAGGAGAGAAUCAAGUAUUUAAUCUGAAAAAUGAUAAAAGAUCAUAAACAUGUUUUGUGUGUGUGUGUGUGUGUGUGGUGGGGGUGGGUUGACUAUGAGUUUUUUUGUUUUUUACUUUUCUGCUUUUUUUCUUUCUUCCUUUCUUCUUUUUUUUUUUUUUUUUUUAAAUUGAGAUGGGGUCUUGUCGUGUUGCCCAGGCUGCUCUUGAACUCCUGGGCUCAAGCGAUCCUCCUGCCUUGGCCUCCCAAAGUGCUGGGAUUACAGGCAUAAGCCAUUGUGCCCGACCCUCUUGGUAAUUUUGUAUUACUGACCCUCACUCUGCUCCUUGGCCAUAAAUUCCCACUUGCUUAUGCUGUAUUUGGAGUUAAGUCCAUUCACUCUCUACCACUGUAAAAUCCCAUUACAUUUGUCUAUAUACCUGUCAUAAUGGCCCUGAAUAAAGUCUUCCUUACUGUGCUUUAACAAUUCUCAUUGAAUAAUUUUUUUUAACAUGUAUAGCUUAAUUAAGGAGGUGAGAUUCCAACGCCUUUGCCAUAUUCUGAAUAGAGGUAAGUCACUAGGCCAGUCCGUGCUCAAGGAGAGGGUGUAGAGCACCCAAUUCUGUCCCUGUUUGGGCGCCACUUGUAACCUGCACAGACCUAGGGGGACUGAACACAGGGGGGCGAACACAGGAAUAAAAGACGAGACAAAAGAGUAUAUUUGGAAGAAGGGGUUGGGGGUACCUUGCCUUUAGUGGACAAGGGCCCUAAGCUUUACACAGCCCUCUGUAUUUAUUAGGCAAAAGAGAUAGUUGGGAGGUGCAGUGGAAGUAGGGGUCAGCUGCUCAGUCCAGGGUAGGCUUGCAAGACUACAUUCUCUAAAUAUUGCAGUAGAUAACCUCAGCGCCAGGGAGUGAUUGCCUCCAGAAAACCUUCUGUCAGCAGGAGCAGUGGUGAGUUUGCUCACAUCCUGCAUUCAUGAUAAACAGUUUGCUGUUUGAUCUUAUAGCCUCCAGUGGAAUGCUGGGUUGGUCACGUCCCACGGACCUUUGGCUCCCUGAAUCCGUAACACUGGAAGAUGUGGCUGUGGACUUCACCUGGGAGGAGUGGCAGCUCCUGGGUGCUGCUCAGAAGGACCUGUACCGGGACGUGAUGUUGGAGAACUACAGCAACCUGGUGGCAGUGGGGUAUCAACCCAGCAAACCGGAUGCACUCUUCAAGUUGGAACAAGGAGAACAACUGUGGACAACUGAAGAUGGAAUCCACAGUGGAGCCUGUUCAGACACAUGGAAAGUUGAUGAUCAUGUGCUGGAGCGCUUGCAGAGUGAAAGCCUGGUGGACAGAAGGAAACGAUGUCAUGAACAUGAUGCAUUUGAAAAUGUUCAUUGCAGCAAAAGUCAGUUUCUGUUAGGGCAAAAUCAUGAUAUAUUUGACUUACAUGGGAAAAGUUUGAAAUCCAAUUUAACUUUAAUUAACCAGAGCAAAGGCUAUGAAAUAAAGAACUCUGUUGAGUUUACUGGAAAUACGGACUCCUUUCUUCAUGCUAACCAUGAACGACUUCAUACUGCAAUUAAAUUCCCUGCAAGUCAAAAACUCGUCAGCACUAAGUCCCAAUUCAUCAGUCCCAAGCAUCAGAAAACACGCAAAUUAGAGAAGCAUCAUGUGUGCAGUGAAUGUGGGAAAGGCUUCAUCAAGAAGUCUUGGCUAACUGAUCACCAGGUAAUGCAUACAGGAGAGAAACCCCACAGAUGUAGUCUAUGUGAGAAAGCCUUCUCCAGAAAGUUCAUGCUCACUGAACAUCAGCGAACUCAUACAGGAGAAAAACCUUAUGAAUGCCCUGAAUGUGGCAAGGCCUUUCUCAAGAAAUCACGGCUCAACAUACAUCAGAAAACACAUACCGGAGAGAAACCCUAUAUAUGCAGUGAAUGUGGAAAAGGCUUCAUCCAGAAAGGAAAUCUCAUUGUACACCAGCGAAUUCAUACAGGUGAGAAACCUUAUAUAUGCAAUGAAUGUGGAAAAGGCUUCAUUCAGAAGACUUGUCUCAUAGCACAUCAGAGAUUUCACACAGGAAAGACACCCUUUGUGUGCAGUGAAUGUGGAAAAUCCUGUUCUCAGAAAUCUGGUCUCAUUAAACAUCAAAGAAUUCACACAGGAGAGAAACCCUUUGAAUGUACUGAAUGUGGGAAAGCCUUUAGCACAAAGCAAAAGCUCAUUGUCCAUCAAAGGACUCAUACAGGAGAGAGACCCUAUGGCUGCAACGAGUGUGGGAAAGCGUUUGCGUAUAUGUCGUGUCUGGUUAAGCAUAAGAGAAUACACACAAGGGAGAAACAAGAGGCAGCCAAGGUGGAAAAUCCUCCUGCAGAGAGGCACAGCUCAUUACAUACCAGUGAUGUCAUGCAGGAGAAAAACUCUGCUAACGGGGUGACUACACAAGUGCCUUCUGUGGCCCCUCAGACAUCAUUAAACAUCAGCGGCCUCCUCGCAAACAGGAACGUAGUCCUUGUGGGACAGCCGGUGGUCAGAUGUGCAGCCUCAGGAGAUAACAGAGGAUUUGCACAGGACAGAAACCUUGUGAAUGCAGUGAAUGUGGUUGUGCCUUCUGUGAUCAAUUAUGUCUUAUUUUAUGUUACAGAAAACCCAUAGGAAGAAAACUCAGAUCUAUGUGGAAAAGGGUUGAGCAAAAAUUUGUAGUUCAUUAUGUGGCCAAAAAGCAUACACUGAGAGAAAAUGUUUAAGGCUGAGAUAGCCUGAUAAACUCAUCCUAUUUAAAUAUAUGCUGCGAUACACAGGCAAAAUCUGAUGUUAACCUAAGCACAUACACAGCAGUUGCUCGAUCGUGUCAAUUAAAUGAGUAAAGGAAGCCCAAGUACUUUUAAGUGGAGGAAAUGAAGUACUAUGAAUUUUUAAAAGAGAUGAGAUAAUUGGUGUUGGGAGUGUUGCAGUGACUGAAAAGCUUCAUAAGGAGCAGUUGGUGGGAAAGGGCUAAUACUGGAAUGGUGGAAUGUGGGACACAUAUGUGUCAAUUCAGUUUCCUUAGACCAGUGUGGAGGAUUAAUUGAAAACCAGGACCAUAAACUUUCAGAACUUUAUAUUAUGAAGAGAGAUCUGUGAAACUAGUCAAUUUGUUUCAUUAAACAAAUAUUUUAAAAUUA